AUGUUUACACAGAAAAUUACGGUGCACCCAAAACUUUUCAACGCGUUUUCACCUAUAAUGAAACUUUCAAGAAUCAUGUGUCUGUUCCCUGUGAGAUAUUACAAACUCAAAACAAUGUAUGUAAUCAAAUGGUCUUGGGAAAUCUACUAUUCUCAUUUAUUCGUGAUAAUACUCUUUGCAAGCUGGGCUACGUGGGGUGCCAUUAGAGAUUUACAAGUCGAUUAUUUCCAUGCUUUUGGUUUCAAAGACACCUUAGAUUUUAUCAUUAAUUGUUUCGAUGUCGUUGAAGCUAUCAUAACCUCAUUUAUUUUCGUACUGACAACACCUUUCAGAUAUAAACACGUGUAUGGUAUUAUCGAUAAUUUUAAAACCGUGGAUCGUUUGAUUCCUCCGAUUCUAAACGAAGAAAUUUGCAAGAUGUCGAAAUUUGCGAUUUUCAUAUUGUUAACUUAUUUGCUAACCUUGUACAUCCUUGACUUGUUUAUGUGGAAUUUAAACUCCUGGCAAGGUUUAAACAAUUACUUUGCUUUCUACGUUUUGUAUACUGUUGUGGUGGUACAUCAACUACAGUACUGGAUUUUUUUGAUACUGGCAAAAGCUAAAAUGUUAGCUUCUUGGGCUUCUUGGGGCUUUCUUCAUGAUAUGCAGGUGGCUUCUUUCACAUCUUUGGGAUUUAGAGGCACUGCUGACUUUGCAAUUGCUGCUUUCGAUGUUAGCGAAGUCAUCACAAGUGCAUCCAUAUUUGUGAUUUCAACGCCUUUUAAGUAUCAGUAUAUCGAAAUCAGUCCCCAUAGUAUCUCUUCUGUCAUAACAAGUUACAGCUGCAUGAGUGAACUAAUUGAUAAUAUCAACAAAUGCUUUAAUGGUACUAUUACAAUGAUAAUUUUGAGCUGUUACAUCCAUUUGGUAAUAUGUCCAUAUGAGUUGUUCGUAAUUCUAACAAAUAACGAAGUCCACAUUUUCAACUACGUUUACUUUCUGUGGAUUUCUUUACAUGUUUCAAGACUUCUAGUAGUAGUAGAGGUUUUAAAUUUGAGGAAUUUAGUAGCUCGUGUAAUGUGUUGUAAGUUGAAUCAAGCUGUGAGAAAAGAAUUAGUCGAAAAAAAGUACUAUCGGCAUAUGCUCUACCUACUAUUAACAGGCACCUAA